AUGACAUCUCAGCGUCUUGGCAAGAUCCCACUAGUGAUCGGGAUGCCUAUCAUCAUUACUCAAAACUUUGAUGUUGCAGCAGGUAUCAUGAAUGGUUGUAUGGGCACGUUGAAAAGUGUGCGAUUUACGGAAGAUGCGGAUGGUGUACGACAUGCCAUUUCAUGUGUUGUACAGACUCCGUCUACAACAGCUGAUUUGUUGCCUCACCUUGCACCCCAUGAAUCGGUUGUAUUGCAGGAUACGGUUGACUUA